ACAUACUGUAUCGACCGCCUGUUCGAUGGUCUUCUAAUACCUCGAUAGAACUGGCCUCGGUCAUUCAGGACGCUCUACCGAGCCACGUUAGAACAGUAUCCAUCUUUGAGGAUUCCAAUGACCAGCUUGCGUUGGCACUACGCAGCAAUACGCCGUACUUGGGCCUUAUAGAUACUAACCCGAUCGCAGACCUCAUGCUGGUUAGAGCCUUCGCCUCGAAAAGACGUGACUUUGAACAUCUUUCAAUUUCAUAUAUGAUCGAUGCUCAGCAGUUUUUCCACUCCUGUCAGCCAUCUUAUACCUGGCAUCACCUACAAUCAUUAAUACUCACAUCAUCAAUCUUAACACACACAGCUUCUCAAAAGGAGUUUGCUACAUCAUUACAUAACGCUAGUUUAGCUGCGCUAAAUAUGCCGCAGUUGACAAGUAUGGUAUUAUGGAAUAGUAAACAGGGAGAAGCAUGUGCGGUCAUUUAUCAUUGGGGGAAGGCAGUAGGCAAGCUACUCUUACAUGGCGUGGUACAUGGGAUCUUGAGCUCAGUCAUGAUGUGGUUGAGUCCUGGCAGAAGGUUGCCUCUGAUUUCUACCACCUACAGAUCAAGAACGAACGAGUACAGGGUGUUAUCAACUCCCAUGGCGAUGCCGUUUACCAUUUGCGCUUGCCAGGUGGAGUUAUUGAUCCCGUAUCACUGUGGCAGAUACGUCAGGAGGGUAUGAUGUAAAGAAUGGCCUGAUCAGUGGUUCUGCCUCCUUGUUCGAUCGGCUUCCCACUAGGGAGUAUGGCGUCUGGCAGUCUCGUUCACGUGCUACCAUUGAAAAGGAUCGGAGAAGGCACGAUCGAUGACAUGGUCGAGGCACUGAGACGAUUUGAGAGGCGAGGUGUAAGAUUCUGAGUACCGACCUAUUCAUUCUUACAGAUGUGGCGACUGAGGACACUAAAUGUACAAAAUCAGACUUAUUCCAAAGUCGCCAGAAGCUGGCUUCAAAUUCCGGACCAUUACAGGC